AUGGCUGGCAGUGAGGAGCUGGAACUGUGGCUCAAUAAAGCCACUGACCCAGGUGUCCCUGAGGAAAACUGGGAAUUCAUCCAGCAGUUCUGUGACCGGGUGAAUGCCAACACAGAAGGCCCAUCGCUUGCACUGAGGCUGCUGGCACACAAAAUCCAGUCCCCACAGGAGGUGGAAGCUCUCCAUGCUCUCACAGUGCUAGAGACCUGUGUGAAUAACUGUGGGGAGAGAUUUCACCAUGCAAUGGCCAAGUUCAGGUUUCUGAAUGAGCUGAUUAAAGUGCUCUCCCCCAAGUACUAUGGGACCUGGUCUUCAGAGCAAGUCAAGUCACGGGUGACAGCAGUGCUGUUCAGUUGGACUGUCUGGUUUCCUCAGGAAGUGAAAAUCCAGGAUGCUUAUCAGCUGCUGAAGAAAGAAGGGAUUGUAAAGGAAGACCCUAGGUUGCCAGAAGACAAAAUUUUACCUCCCCCUUCUCCAAGACCUCAGAAUUCUAUUUUUGACACAGAUGAAGAGAAAUCCAAGCUUUUAGCAAGGCUCCUGAAGAGCAACAACUCAGAAGACCUGCAGGCUGCCAACUGCCUGAUCAAGAGCAUGGUUCAAGAGGAGCAAGAGAAGUCAGCCAAGGUGUCCAGAAGAGUGAGCACCAUCAGGGAGGUUUCUGAGAAGGUUCAGUGCAUGGGGGAAUUUCUGGAGGCCCACAGGACACAGGAGUUAUCCAGACCUGAGCAGGAGGCUCUCCAGACUCUGCUCCAGCAUGGUGAGAAGCUCAGGCCCCUGCUCUUCCGCCUCGCCAGUGAGACAGUCGACGAUGAGGAGGCUCUAGGUGAGGUCCUGCAGGCCAGCGAGGAGCUCACGCAGGCACUCAGACACUGCAGGCAACUUGUACCCAGCCAGCAAAAUGGUGGUGGAGGAGCUUCAACCACCAGCUCUGCUGAUGUGCCAGCACCACAGGCAGCCCCAAGGCACACGAAGAGCUACACACUGAUUGACUUCUCUGAACUGGAGGGGACCUGCCAGUGUCCUACAGCCCAGUCUGGGAGCAGAGCCACCACUGCCCACUACAGCCCUGCCUGCCUGCUUGAGGAGCAGCUCCAGGCCUUAGGUCUCAGUGAUUCUCCUGUUGCACAGAAACCACCACCUGAUUUUGGCUCAGCAGAGGCUGCUGCACACAAUGGAUAUGGUGCAGCUCCAAGUGCUGUUCAGACACUGGGCCAGCAGGAGGGCUGGGAAGAGAGCUCUCCAGAGAAGAGUGAGCUUCAGAGCCUGGCUGAUCAGCUGCCUCCACCAUCCCAGACCAAGCCAUUGUCCUGGGAUUUAUCAGCAGUGAACUUGCCCCUUCCAGCUCUUCUAGACAGGUCAAAGGCAGAUACUUCAUCCUCCAGCCUAGGCUGCAAGCUGAAGCCUACUGCCUCUUUGCAUCCAGCUUCCCAUGGUGCUUCUCUGGAAAACCUUUUUGUCCCUUUAAUUUCAAUUACACUGAGCAGGAUCUGCCCCCUUACUGUGUAUGACAGGAAUGGGUUCAAGGCUAUGCUCCACUUCUCCAGAGACCCAGCCCCUGGCCGCCCAGACGUGCUGGUGAUGGUGCUCUCCAUGCUGAGCACAGCAGCCCAGCCAAUCCAGGACAUAGUGUUCCAGGCUGCAGUCCCCGAGCCCAUGAAGAUAAAGCUGCAGCCAGCAUCAGGCUCUGCUCUGCCAGCCUUCAGCCCCCUGCUGCCACCUGCCCUGCUCUCCCAGGUCCUGCUGCUUGCCAACCCACGCAAGGUUCCCAUCCGACUGAGAUACCAGCUGGCGUUCACCCAGGGCCUGCAGCCCUUCAGUGAGGUGGGAGAGGUGACCAGCUUCCCAGAAGCAGAGCUCUGGGGCAGGAGCUGA